CCUAUUCCUGGACUGAAUAGCGCUGAAAUGAUCCUCGGCGAGAAUAGUGAUAAUUUCUUGCUAUCUUCCUAACCCUGUCCGAAGUAUCACUCGAAACCGGGUUCCGGUGGGUGUCGAGAUAACUUGAGUAUUCUGGCUGUAUAAUUCUUGCUCUUGGUGACCCUGUAGGUACUGAAAGCCCACCAUGCUGCCCGACCGGCGACCGUCUGAAGGUCAGCUAAAGCUGAAUAAUGGACCAGCAUGGGCACCGCUGUCGGACUCAUGCAAGGAAUCAUCUUCUUCGCCUGCCUGAUGUACCUGUCCCUUCUCUUGCUCGCCAUCUUGGCUUUCAGCGAUCAGCAAGGAUAUUUCUUUUUCUACGACGUGCAAGAGCAAUCCCAACCCAAGUACGAGCCUCGAGUGUUGGGUCAGGCUGGGAGACAAAGUAGGCAGUUGCAGCGGCUACUUCUUCGAACGUUGGUGCGUUGGGGGACGCCAUAG